AUUGCGCCUGUGCCGAACGGUGACAUCGAACGGGAAAAUGUCUUUUGCUAAUCGUUUAAUAUGCACGUUUUGAUCGUAAAUAUGCCGAGUCUGUUGAGCCACGCCAAAGCUUGGUCUAAGUCGAUAUUAAUAAGUGACCUUUUUUUCACGAUUUUCCUGUGCGUUUGGGUCUAUUUAUAGCGACUGAAAAAUCGCAUCAGUGUUUCUUGAACCUCGAAAUGAGGCUGGUUGUGGUGAAAAUCUCUUGACGUUAGUGGAAGUUUUGUUUUUUAGUGGUUAAACUGGAGAAAUACGUUUAAAGGUUUUAAGACAAUUUUAACAUCAAGAGGGUGCGUCAGAGCGAGAAAUUUUCGUAGAUGGACUAUUUGCAGCGAGUAAACGAUGUAUUCUGGAGCCCCUCAUUUUGGCUGCCACAAAAUGUGACAUGGGAAGUUUUUGAAAAGUUUGAAAGCAAAGAUGGACUUCGGAUGCCGAGCAUCCAAGAUGUUUACUUCGCCUGGAAAUUAAUUCCUCUCGUACUGUUUGUUAAGUACUUCAUGGAAAAAUGUAUCGCUGCGACGUUUGCUAAGUGGCUCGGGGUCAAAGAAGAGCCACGAGAGAAGCCACCUUCUGUUGAUAUUUUAGAGAGAGAGCACCGUGCUAAUCCUUGGGGGAAAUGGAGUCAUGAGAAAAUUUUGGCGCUUUCCAAAGAACUUGCAUGGACCGAAAUUCAAGUCAGAUCGUGGCUCAAAACUAGAAGAAGAUUCGCACUGCCUACAACAGCGGAAAAAUUCAGCGAGAGCUCUUGGCGAGCCUGUGUUUUCUUGUUCAUUUUCACUUACGGCCUCAGCGUGCAUUGGUCCAAGGAAUGGCUAUGGGAUAUCAAACUUUGCGCCCAAGGCUAUCCACAGCCGGUAACGGACGAUAUAUAUUGGUACUUCAUCAUCUCUCUGGCGAAUUAUUCUGCUUGGAAUUUCUCACAUUUCUGGGACGUGCCAAGAAGGGAUCCAAAAGUUGUAAUUACCCACCAUUUCUCAGCGGUGGUCUUGCUGUCGGGAAUGUGGGUCGCUGGAGCACACAGAGUUGGCCUCCUAGUUUGCUUGACUCAUGAUGUCGGCGAUAUUCUAUUAGAGGCGUGUAAGUGCUCGAAAUACCUUAAUUUACUGAAAGCUAAAGCAUGGUGGUUAUGGAUCUUUGCAUUUUUCAACUGUGGAAUAUGGAUCUUCACGCGGAAUAUCAUUCUUCCUCUGCACAUCAUUCCAAGUAUCUACCAUUACUCUCCAUUCAAUUUACCUCAAACGUUCCCGCUGUCGUGUUUUCACGGAUCAUGCGACAUCAGCGCGUUCAAGUUCACUAUGUGCCACGUUCUCUUCAUUAUGUUAGUGGGCAUGAGCAUUCUCCAUGUGUACUGGACUGGCAUAAUGGUCCGAAUUUCCUAUCUCGGGCUCAUCGUCGGAAAAAUGGAGGACGACACGCGCUCUAUGUCGAGCUGUGAUAAUGAUGAUGAGGAGGAUAAUCAUGAAAAGGGAAUUAAAUUGGACCGAACGAACUGCCCUGUCUAAAAAUAAUGGAAAUUGGUUGCAUUGCAACAUAAAUCGCCGUCCGUAAGUCACUGAACUGGCCAUCCGGAUGUAAGAGCUGACGGAUCGAACAAAUGAGGAGAUGAUAUUAUUGAAGUAAUUAAUGGAGCGACCGGUCAUGUAGAAGAAGUGAGGGGCAUUGAUAAUGAUUGGACUGGACACGCAUCUUGUCGUCGCUUCAUGUUUUACUGGCAAGACAACACGGAAAUGAAGGUCAAGGAGAUAGGUGCGAGUGCGUUUGUCAAUGGUGCGACUAUAAAAUUACGCAUCUCAAUUGCGGAUUUCCAAAAUUUUAGCUCAUUUUCCUAUUUUUUAGCAGAUUUUAUUAAACUAUGGACGCAUGAAUGCUAAUCACUGAAAAAACAAGUUCGGUCGCUCGAACCAAAAUUGGGUGAUCCUUAUCAUCCCAACUAAAUCGGUUUGCAAAACUCAACUUCCAGUUCGUGCAACCCAAUUGUGCGGUAAAGCUAACUAACAAACAAAGAUCGGUCACACGAACCGAAAGUUCAGUUUGAAAAACCGAUAGUUCAGUUUGACAAACCGAAAGUUCAGUUUGGCAAGCCAAAAGUUAAGUUUGACAAACCGAAAAUGAUGUGAAACACCGAACGUUCGGUCCAUACGACCGAUUUUUUUUUUCGGUGAAGAAGUCCGGGCGUUCGCAUAAUUUUUUUCUGGAGUACACGAUGGCCCAAACCUAUGAUGCCGCACUAAGGAAGAACGGCAUAUGGACCUUCAGGAGUUGCCAAAUUUGCCUUCAUAAAACACGAAUUUCCUGGUCAUCUUAUGAAUCUUUUUCUUCCAAUUUUUCAGAUAAGUUUGCUCGCAAUUCCACCGAAACGUCCUGAAAAUUUCAAGGGAAAAUAUUUAUAAUAGUCUGUUCUCAUAUGUACAUCCGUGUGCAACUUUCUGAAAAAAGUUGGUGAGUGGUAUCAAUCUCUUCGUUAUGAUGUCUAGAAUCAGAAUUUGGAUGGUGAUAACCUUGAAAAUCGUGCAGGAAGCGCCUAAAGCCUAAAAACAAAAUGGCGGCCGCUCGGUAGGCCUUAUUUUUGAAAAUUCCGUAUUAUGGCAUGUGAGGUAUCGAUUCCUAUGUUUUUUGGGUCGUAAAAUCCGAAUAUGAUGUUUAAAAUACCCUCCGAUCAAAAAAAAUGUCGCAAAUCCAACAUGGCGGCUGAAAAUACCCACCCGGCGCGAAAAUCGCUGAGUUCUCAUUUGGCCGUCUAGUAAGGCGGCCAAUGAUUGUAUUGUGUGGUCCCAGGUUUCAAAACAGAGUUACAACUCACUGUACGGCCCAUAAAAAAAAACCAAAAUCCAAUAUGGCGGCCAAAAUGGCCGCCGAUCGAAACCUGUAUUUUUGGUAUCGGCGUAUGGCGUCGAGUGGGGUAUCGUUUUUGAUGUAUUUUGGGUCGCACAUUACGAAUAUGAAGUCAAAAAUUACUCUUGG